AUGUCUGAUCAGGACCCCGCAGUCCAAGCGGCGGGGAACGCCGUCGCCAACCUGCAUCUCGACGAAGUCACUGGCGAGCGCGUGUCCAAGUCGGAACUGAAGAAGCGUCAGAAGCAGCGUGAGCUAGAGAAGAAGAAGGCUGAAAAAGCUGCUGAAAAGGCUGCUGCCGCCGCCGCUGCUGGUGCUGGAUCGGCGGGGAAGAAGAAGAGCGCUGAGGAGGAAGAAUCGCAAUUGACACCGAACCAAUACUUUGAAAUCCGCAGCGGGAAAAUCAACCAGCUUCGUCAAACAAAGAAUCCUAAUCCUUACCCUCAUAAAUUCCAAGUCACCGCCGAUCUUCGACAGUUCCUGAAGGAGCACCAGUCUCUUAAGAAGGGCGAGCAAUUACGUGACAAGCAAAUUCAAAUUGCAGGAAGAAUUUUUACCAAACGCAGUUCUGGUGCGAAACUGAUCUUCUAUGACAUCCGCGCCGAGGGCGUCAAAGUCCAAGUUGCGUGUCAAGCGCAAGAGUCAACGGGAGAUGUCCCAUUCGAGGCCCAGCAUGAGCAUUUGAGGCGAGGCGAUAUCAUUGGCAUUAUUGGAUUUCCCGGUCGUACUUCGCCGAAGACUCGAGAUGACGGUGAAUUAUCUAUCUUCGCCCAGCAGGUUAUCCUCCUCACCCCAUGCUUGCAUCAAAUUCCUUCAGAACACUACGGAUUCAAGGACCAGGAACAAAGAUACAGACAGCGAUACCUUGACUUGAUCAUGAACGAUAAGUCUAGAAAUGUUUUUGUCACGAGAUCCAAGAUGAUCAGUUAUAUUCGGCGGUACUUUGACGAGCGCGAUUUUGUCGAAGUUGAAACUCCUAUGAUGAACGCCAUUGCUGGAGGUGCCACCGCCAAACCUUUUAUCACGCACCACAACGAGCUGGAUAUGAAUCUUUUUAUGCGUAUUGCCCCUGAAUUGUACCUCAAGAUGUUGAUUGUCGUCUCUGGCCUGGUCAAGCAUAUCACUGGAGGCUAUGAAACGGUUUUCCACACCCCAAACUGGGGAGGACUCGUUGGUGAAUUUAUUGAGGAGACCUGCAUCAACCCGUCUUUUAUUACUGGCCAUCCGCAAAUGAUGUCUCCACUUGCCAAGUACCACCGUGACCAUGUUGGUCUCUGUGAGAGAUUCGAGGCUUUCGUCUGCAAGAAGGAAAUCGUGAACGCUUACACUGAAUUGAACGAUCCGUUUGACCAGCGGUUGCGAUUCGAGGAGCAAGCUAGACAGAAAGCCCAGGGUGACGAUGAGGCGCAGCUGGUCGAUGAGAAUUUCUGCACUAGCUUGGAAUAUGGGUUACCUCCAACCGGAGGAUGGGGAUUGGGUAUCGACCGUCUUGUCAUGUUCUUGACAGAUAAUUAUAGCAUCAAAGAGGUUCUUGCUUUCCCAUUCAUGAAGGAUGAGAAAGUGACGGGGCAUAAGGAGCCGCUAGCCGCGGAAGUUGUCGGUAUAGAGCCGAGCCCAGAGGAAGGAAUCCCUCACAAAUAA